UCCGGAUCAAAUCUUUUCACUGUCAGAAAUGCACAUUAUACUAAGCCCGUUUAUUUGGAUGAGCGAUUUAAGUUUUUAAUUUUAAAGGUAAACAAGAUUUUAAAAAGUUAACUGUAACGCAAAAAUUCGUUGAGAAAAACAUUUUGAUAAUGUCAAUGAAAUGAAACAGACCAGGAAAUGACAUGAUAACGCAACAAGCAGGCCGGGUGUAGAAAUGUAACAUGACAAAAUGGUGAAUAUUUCAUUAAACGUGGAUUACUCCAGUGAAAAACAGAAUGUGGAAGCAAUCAAGAACACCUCUGUCUCCCAGGAGUACCUGCUGUGGAUGGCGAACGAGCACCUGUACCACAUAAACAUACCCACUGUUGUCUUCUACGUCGUCGCCAUUAUUGUGGGGAUUUUUGGAAAUUCGCUGGUGAUAUACGUGUUCCGAUUUCGUUUUAAGAGGACCACUGCCAAUAUAUUUAUUGUGUGUCUAGCUGCUUUUGACACAAUAACUUGCUUUAUGUUAAUUUUUGAAGUUUUCGACAAGCGCUUACCCAUGUAUAGUGGCAACUACCCUGCAAUUUGCAAACUAGUGCGGUGUCUAGAAGUCUUUGCCAAUGGAGGUGCUAGUAUCAUUUUAGUGGGGAUAGCGUUUGACCGUUACUAUAAAAUAUGUAAACCAUUUAAAAGACUUUCGAUGAGGAGCGUGAGGAACUUAAUUAUAGGGACCGUGAUAGUGAUGGUGCUUGUCAGCUGGCCUAUGGUGUUAUUUCAUGGAUCGGAGGUUGUUACUACGAAGUAUCGGGAUAUUACGGGACAAGACUGUGCGGAUGAUGACAACUUUAAAGGAUCUGUGUAUCCGGGAAUUUAUUUUAUCAUCCUGUUCAUUUUUAUCAUUGCUUGUAUCGGUAUGAUUGUUGCUUUAUAUGCCUUAAUUUUCGUGGCAAUUCUUAAAUGGAAGCAUAGAAUUGUCGGCGAAGACAUUCGAAUGGGAUCUUUGUCAGACAGUAUUAAAACUGUAUCUUCUUGCUCCCAGAAACAAAGAAGACAAACAAAGGAGCGAGUACCAAAUCUAAGAGAAGAGAAUCCACCAUUCAGUAUCACAAAUACCAUGUUUAGCAAAACUUGUAACCAUUCAUGUUCUGGUGAAAUUUGUGAAGAUAAAACUAGGCAAACAUGCGUCACACAAAAUGAGGAAAAUGAAAUUAAAAUGAAAGAAUUAGCAGUAAAAAAGUUAGGAGAAGUCGCGAUAGAAAAUGAAUCAUGUACUGCUGGAAUAGUUAAUGAAGGAUUCACGGAUUCUGAUGAAAAGACUGAGGAAGAAGUGUUACCAGAUUUGACAAAAACAGUGUCCAGUAUAACAAUCAAUAGUUAUACUGAGAAUAAUGUGUCUAAAACAACCAUAUCUAACGAGAUAGUCAUAGAAAACCCAGUAGACGAGGCUGAUACAGAGCCUAAACAGGACUAUGUCAUUAAUGGGUCUAUGAGUAUCGACGAAAGCAAAAUUAAACUGAAAUAUAAAGUAAAAUUUUUAAACUUUAGAAGCAAACUCCGGCGGCACGGAAGCAAAUCCGACGUCCGGAUAAGUGCUACAACUGUUGUGUUUAGUUUGAUAGCCCUUUUGUACGUUUUGAGUUACAUCCCUACUAUAGUAGUGGAAAGCAUUAACGCAAUCGACCCUCUAAUCGAAGAGAACUUGUCUGAUAACACAAGAAAAGUUGUGGUCAUGGCAAACUCCGCGUACUUCAUGAACGGAGCCUUUAACCCACUAAUCUAUGGACUCUUCAACAAAGCCUUCAGGGAUGAACUUCUUUUAAUAGUCAAAGGAAAUCCAAAAUAACUUCUCAUUUGCAAUGUUUAUUAUUAUACAGUUCUGUUUCACAAAUGUCAAAAUGUCUCACUGAAAUUAAAUGAAACAUGCAUGGGUUAACACAUUCAUACAUCAACUAUGUUUACUAUUAAUUU